UGGGAUGAGAAAGUGAAGCCCCAAUCUUACUGUCGAGAACUACAGCCAAAUCAGGAUUACGUACUCCGAUAUGGAAAUAUCCUGUUAAUCAAAGGGAUGAAAUUAGACGAGCUUAUAUUAAGAUGGGGCCAUAUCAGCCUAUUAAGAAUGAGUAUCCACCGACCAAAUUCGGAAGUCAAAAUCGACGAUUUCAAAGUCAUUGGUUUAAAAAAUUUACUUGGUUAGAGUAUUCUCCUUCAAAAGAUGCUGCAUUUUGUUUUCCAUGCUUCUUGUUUGAUCAUAAGCAUCCUCGUAAUCCUGCAUUUACGACGGAUGGAUUCAAAUAUUGGAAGCGAGUUAAUGAUGGUGAUAGAUGUGCAUUUUUGAUGCAUAUAGGAUGCAAUACUUCACCACAUAAUAAUGCUAUGGAACAUCUUGAUAAUUUGAUGAAUAUACCUCGUCAUAUUGAUAAAAUGAUGAAUGCACAAUCUUCAGAAGAAAAGCAGAAGAACAGAUUGCGGCUUAUAGCAACUAUUGAAAGCAUUCGAUGGCUUACUUUACAAGCAUGCGCAUUUAGAGGGCAUGAUGAAUCUCCAUCUUCUAAUAAUCGUGGAAAUUUUAUUGAGAUGAUAAAAUUUAUGGGAAAAAUGAAUGAGAAUAUUGGGGACAUCGUCUUAGAGAAAGCUCCAAAAAAUGCAAAGUAUACUUCACCAGAUAUUCAGAAAGAUAUUUUGAAUAUUUUUGCCAAUCAAGUGAGAACUAAGAUUCGUAAAGAAAUCGGGGAUGCAAAAUUUUGUAUUUUAGUUGAUGAAGCAAGAGAUACAUCUAACAAAGAGCAGAUGGCUAUUGUAUUAAGAUUUGUGGAUAUUGAUGGUUUUUUACGAGAGCGGUUCUUUGCUAUUGUACAUGUGACUGACACAACUGCUGCAACAUUUAAGAAAAAAAUAUCUGAUACUCUUGGCUGUUAUGACUUGCAUAUCCACAACAUGCGGGGACAAGGAUAUGAUGGUGCUAGCAAUAUGCGUGGCUCUUGGAAUGGAUUACAAGCUCUAUUCUUGAAAGAUUGUUCAUGUGCAUAUUAUGUACAUUGUUUCGCUCAUCGACUUCAACUAGCAUUAACUGCAGCUGCUGAAAAAGAGGUAUCCAUUUGGUUAUUCUUUUCAAAAUUGAAUUCCAUUUGUAAUCUCUUUAAUGCGUCUCCUAAACGUCAUGCUGAGUUACUUUCUGCUCAAAAAGCUGAAGUUGCGCAUAUGGUAGCUAUUGGUGAACGUGAUACUGGUAGAGGAUGUAAUCAAAUUGGAAAUUUACUACGGCCUGGAAAGACUCGCUGGAGUUCUAAUUUUGACUCAAUUUGUAACAUGAUUGAUAUGUAUAGUUCUGUGAUUACCGUAUUAGAAAACAUGGUGAAUGAUGGGUCCUCUAACUCCAUCCGUGGUGAAGCUAGUGGUUUGCUGAUAGCGAUGAAGUCUUUUGAUUUCAUAUUCAUAUUACAUUUGAUGCAAAAGAUAAUGGGGUUAACAAAUCUGCUUUGUCGAGCAUUGCAAGAGAAAUCUUUAGAUAUUUUAAAUGCAAUGGACUAUGUUUCAACUACUAAAACUUUGCUUCAGACUUUGAGAGAAGAAGGAUUUGCUAUUCUACUUAGUUAUGUGAAAGAAGUUUGUGCCAAGUAUGACAUUGAGAUACCUCAAAUGGAAGCUCGUUAUAAAUCUGCUACAGGUCGUUCUUGUCAACAAAAUGAUUCAAUCACAGUUGAGCAUCACUAUCGAUUUGAUGUAUUUACUGCUGCAAUAGAUUUUCAAGUUGAAGAGCUUAAUAGUAGAUUCAAGGAUGAGGCAGUGGAACUUCUUAAGCUUAGUUGUGCUUUGGAACCUAAAGAAAACUUUAAGCUUUUUAAUGUUGAUCACAUCUAUCGACUUGCUGAGAAAUUCUAUCCUCUUGAUUUUGAUACACAAGAUUUACACCACUUGAGAAUGCAAUUGGAGCACUAUAAGAUUGAUAUUGUUGGUCAUGAAAGAUUUCAGAAUUUAUCAACUAUUUCUGAAUUAUGUCGAAGAUUAAUUGAAACAAACAAAUCAGGAAGUUACAAUUUGAUUGACAGGUUGAUUCAUCUUGUUUUAACUCUUCCCGUCUCUACAGCAACAACGGAACGAGCAUUUUCAGCUAUGAAACUUGUUAAAACAGCUCUUCGUAACAAGAUGGAAGAAGAGUUUUUAACAGAUUCUAUGAUCUGGAUUGAUCAGGACCGUCGAAUCAGAUCUGGGGAAAUAAAAUCCACAAGCACGCAUCUUCUUCUCCUUCGCUCGGUUUCUCACGCUGCGAAGGCCGGUACGCCACUUCUCCCUCCUUCGCCAUCACUCCACCAAAGGGGCCGGCGGUACGCCACCACUCCACCGCCGCCGGCCGACCAUCUCCUCUCCAUCUUCCCACCGUCAUUUUCUACCCGCGAUUCCAGCCAACGCCAUCAUUUCCUCCAGUGGCUCUUCGUGAUUGUCUGCCCCGACGUGCCGACACCAGCAUCCAGGCCACGACGGAGUUUCUCUACUUCAGAUCCAAACCGCAACCCUCUUCUCUUCGGGCUAGAAGAUAAGGGGUCCUUCAUAGUCAACAUCCGGCCACGACAUCUCCAAGAUCUGGCCGCCCUAAGCAUGCAGCGGUCCUCUUUCGGAGAGCUCUUCACUUUAUGCUCAGCACCGGCUUCCCACAGACAUCUCCGGCCUUCAUCAGAUUCUGAACAGCAAGCUUCUUCUUCAAUGGUCGAUAUGUUGAUUUGCAUGGAGGAGAUCACCAAGGAGUUUGAGGAGAGGAAGAUUGAACUCGAAGCUAAGGCUCUAGAGAUCUAUCAGGCCUCAGACGCUGAUAUCAAGGUAUGUUGCUGAAAAAUUUGUACAUAACAAUGUGAUUUCUUAAUCAAGAAACUACUUUUCAUUAAAUAAAAGGCGGCUGACAUUCCAUGUUGAAUCAUUAAAUUGGUUUAGUGGUUCCUCUCCUAUCAAGGCUAGGCAACUGCAGUGCAAGAUUGUUUCAACAAACUUGGUUGGUUCAUUAAUCCGUAUGAAGUAAUUCAUCUCAUGGAGUUCGAGACAAGGGAGGGCAAAGGGAAGAAAUCAUAGACAUGCAUGCUACUAGCAAGAGGAUAUGAAGACAUUAUUGAAGGUAACAAAGUAUUGAACUUCUUAUCACAAAAAAUGGGAAGAAAAGUUUAUCAAGUAAGGUAGGCAAAGCAAAGAAAAGGAGAAGGUUUGUAAAAUGAUUCAAAAGGUGAAAUAUUGAAAUCAUUUAUAUCUAGGAGGAUCUGAUCCCUGUGAUCAUGAGCGUCGUGAUAGAAUGUAAAGAUUAGAUUACUUAAGGUGAGAUUUAAAAAUUUAUACAUUUGCUUAGACGAUGUAAAUAUUUAUUUAUCCCAAUGUUAAUUUUAUGAUACUUUUGGAUUA